GUCAAGUCUGAAACAUCUCUCCUUCCUAAGCUGCCAUGAACCGAGCAAAGGCAACCCUUACAUCACUCAGAAUCAUCAACUCGCUCCUCUCGACUCGGAUUCCAGCAACUCGGCCUCUCGCCACCCAGGUGACUCGGUUCUCUCACUCUCUUUCAAAUCAAUGUUUCUAUAAUUCCCAUUUUCUCAGUACCUAUCAAAAGCUAUUCUUUUCGUCGAAACCAGACUCGGUCGUCGAGCUCGUUCUGGCCGACGAUUGGUCCGACGAGUUAGAGCGCGAGUUGGAAAAAUCGUACACAGCACUUACCCAUGAAACAGUAGUUUACAUUUUGAAGAAACUCGAUAGAGACCCAGAAAAGGCUUCGGGUUUUUUCAACUGGGUCAGUGAAAAACCAGGGUUUAGACCCAGUUCUUCGCUGUAUAGCAUAAUGCUUAGGAUUUUGGUCAACAAGGAGUCAAUGAAGCAGUUUUGGAUUAUGCUAAGGAAAAUGAAGGAGCAAGGGUUUUAUGUUGAUGAGGAUACCUAUUCGACAAUUUUGGGGCAGUUAAAGAAUUGGAAGAUGGCUAGCGAUGUUGCCGCCGUGAGCCACUUUUAUAAUAGAAUGCUCGAAGAGAAUGCAAUGGAUAAUGUUGUGAAGAAGGUGGUUAAUAUUGUAUUGCAGACAGAGUGGAAUGUUGAGGUAGAGAACGGAUUGGGGGAGCUCAAGAUUGUGCUAUCCGAUAAUUUCGUGCUACGGGUAUUGAAGGAACUUCGGAAUUACCCUUCAAAAGCUUUGAAGUUUUUUCAUUGGGCCGGCCGGUGUAAUGGUUAUGAACACAAUACGGUGACUUAUAAUGGGAUUGCUAGGGUUGUUGGUAGGGAUGAUUCGAUUGAGCUAUUUUGGAGAGUUGUUGAGGAGCUGAAAAGUGCUGGUCACAAGAUGGAUAUUGACACUUAUAUAAAGAUAUCGAGGCAGUUUCAGAAGAACAAGAUGAUGGUGGAUGCAGUGAAGCUUUAUGAGUUUAUGAUGGAUAGUCCAUUUAAGCCGUCGGUCCAGGAUUGUGGGAUGCUUUUAAGGAGCAUAUCAUCCUGUGAAAACCCUGAUUUGGAUUUGGUGUUUAGAGUUGCAAAGAAAUAUGAGUCAACAGGGAAUACUCUCUCUAAGGCUGUAUAUGAUGGGAUGCAUAGGUCUUUGACGAGUGCCGGAAGGUUUGAUGAGGCGGAGGAUAUUGUGAAGGUUAUGAGAAAUGCAGGGUAUCAGCCUGAUAAUAUUACAUACAGCCAAGUGGUUUUUGGACUUUGUAAGGCGAGGAGGCUUGAAGAUGCUUGUAAGGUGCUGGAUGAGAUGGAAGCACAGGGUUGCCUUCCUGAUAUUAAGACUUGGACAAUUUUGAUUCAAGGGCAUUGUGCAGCUAAUGAGGUUAACAAGGCACUCAUGUGUUUGGCAAAGAUGAUGGAGAAGGACUGUGAUGUUGAUGCUGAUCUGUUGGAUGUCUUAGUAAAUGGUUUCCUUAGUCAGAAAAGAAUAGAUGGGGCGUACAAGUUUCUUGUGGAGAUGGUGAAUAAGGCUCAUGUAAGACCUUGGCAAGCUACACAUAAAAAUCUGAUUGAAAAACUUUUGAGCAUCAGGAAACUUGAAGAAGCACUGAACCUUCUUCAUUUAAUGAAGAAGCAAAACCACCCACCUUUCCCAGAACCCUUUGUUCAAUAUAUUUCAAAGUUUGGGACUGUGGAGGAUGCUGCAGAAUUUUUGAAGGCAUUGAGUGUGAAGGAAUAUCCGUCCUCUACUGCAUACCUUCACAUUUUCAAAGCAUUCUUUCAAGAGGGUAGACAUUCUGAGGCCAAAGAUCUGCUUUUCAAGUGUCCUCAUCAUAUUCGUAAGCAUGGAGACAUUGGCAAACUUUUUGGUUCUGCAGGGAACACCAAUGUAACUUCAUGAGCCAGGACAAUCUUCUAUUGUACAAUCAAACUUGUUCUACACUGCCAAGAUGAAGUUAUUAAUUCCUACUUGCUGACAUAAAACCGCUAACAUCUAUCCUUUUUGUGUCAGGCUGACAUGAUUAUUUUUCUGUAAUUUUGGUAGGUGUUCACAAAAAUUGUUGUUAUCACCAGUAAAGUGUUAUUGUUUAGAGCACUUCUUUUACAAAGUUUAACCUCAUGAAUAACAAGCAUUAGCGCUCUUAUUCUGGAUAUUAGUAUG